CCAUUAAUCCGGCCUUCACUAGCUUAACAUACAUGGCGGCAGUGAUGAGAGAUGAGUUUGUUGCUGCCGUGGUGGUUUUGGGUAUGGCGUUAACGCUGCGCUUGGUGGCUUGUGAGGACAAGAAAGGUGAUGAUUGGGGAAUGGGAGCUUCGUUUAUCUUCGGAGACUCUUUAGUAGACGCCGGCAAUAAUAAUUACCUUUCCACUUUGUCUAAGGCUAAUAUUCCGCCUAAUGGGAUCGACUUCAAACCCUCCGGCGGGAACCCCACUGGCCGCUACACCAACGGGAGAACCAUCGGUGACAUUAUCGGUGAGGGACUGGGCCAAUCUCACUAUUCAACGCCGUUUUUAGCUCCCAAUUGUAGCGGGCAAGCUCUAUUAUACGGUGUGAAUUAUGCAUCUGGAGGUGGUGGGAUUAUGAACGGCACUGGAAGAAUUUUUGUGAAUAGGCUUUCAAUGGAUAUCCAAGUUGAUUACUUCAACAUAACUAGGCAAGAAAUCGACAAAUUGCUUGGUGGUGAAAAGGCAAAAGAAUUUAUCACCAAGAAAUCCAUUUUCUCCAUCACAAUAGGCUCCAAUGAUUUCCUCAACAAUUACUUGCUUCCCGUUCUCUCCAUGGGCACAAGAAUCAGCGAAACUCCCGAUGCCUUCAUUGACGAUCUUAUCUCUCAUCUCAGAGGACAACUUACGAGACUUUACCAAUUGGAUGCUAGAAAAUUUAUCAUAGGAAACGUGGGUCCAAUCGGUUGCAUUCCUUACCAAAAAACAAUUAACCAGUUGAAGGAAAAUGAAUGUGUAGAGCUAGCAAAUCAGCUUGCUACCCAAUACAAUUCACGGUUGAAAGAGUUGUUGGGAGACCUCAACAAGAAUCUCCCCGGCGCCACGUUUGUGCACUUGAACGUUUAUGAUCUUGUCUUGGAACUAAUCACAAACUAUGCUAAAUACGGGUUUACAACGUCGACCAAAGCAUGUUGUGGAAAUGGAGGGCAAUUUGCAGGGAUUGUUCCGUGUGGACCAACCUCGAGUAUGUGUUCUGAUCGCGACAAACAUGUGUUUUGGGAUCCAUACCACCCCAGCGAGGCUGCUAAUAUUAUCAUUGCCAAACAGCUGCUUAAAGGAGAUCCUAAAUAUGUGUCUCCAAUGACUCUUCUUGAGCUUCGAGAUUUGUAAUUUGUAAUUUGUUUUCAAACCCCUUAAUUUGUAUUAUUUUAAUAUGUUGUUAUUUGAUUUCAAGAUGUAUGUCAAAAAUUCUUGUGUUGAUAAGAAUAUUUGCCUAUAUCUAAAUUAAUAUUUCAUCCGUUCCA